AUGACGUCUUCGCCUUCGGGCAACGCUCUGCUGCUGAAGCGUCAGCUGCAGGAGCUCCGAAAGCGUAAGUCGACAGUAUUUCGUCUGGUCACUCUGCUGCGACGAGUCACGCGAGCUAACAGCCGCUUCCGCUUCUGAACGGACUCUAGAUCCCGUGGACGGCUUCAGUGCUGGACUCAAGGAUGAUGACAAUCUGUACGAAUGGGAAAUCAUGAUCAUUGGGCCGAACGGUGAGGCGCGAGACGUUGCGACGUGGUCUUGACGCUGCAGGCGGCUCGCGAAAGCUCUUCACUCACAUUUCCCCUUCCGCCUCGACGUUCCCAGACACGCUGUACGAAGGGGGCUUCUUGAGGGCUGAACUCAUCUUCCCGCCCGAGUACCCUCUCAUGCCUCCGAAGAUGAAGUUCAUCACACCAAUGUGGCAUCCAAAUGGUCAGUAGGACGAGUGCAUGUCGAUUUCGCCUCGAUGUGGAGGAUACGGGAAGGAGUUGGAGUUGCGCUUAGAUCGGCCCGGACGAGAGGCGUCCACCGGAGUGGUCCGGCUGCCGCUCGCGUCGGUACUCGAGACUAACAGGUGCACCUCUCGAAUCACAAUCAAAGUUUACAAAGACGGAACGCUGUGCAUCUCAAUCCUCGUAAGUAGCUUGGAGCCUCGUCUGCUCGAUGCCUCCUCUCUGACACGGCUCGCGAUUGCAUUGGACGCGCAGCAUCCUCCUGGCGCAGACGAGUACGGCUACGAGGAUGCUGGAGAGAGGUGGCUACCUGUCCACACUGUAGAGACUAUCGUGAGCUUGAGCUAGAAGAUUGUUGCAAAAGCUCUCCUUGCCAACUGCUGACCUCCUGAACCUUGCCUAUCAGUUAAUAUCUGUGAUCAGCCUCUUGUCCUCGGAGACACCAGACACGGAAUCACCCGCGAACAUCGAUGCGUCUGUCCAGUGAGUGGCUUGCUGGCGUUCAUCUCAACGCGGCAGGAUACCUAACCUCAAGCUUGUUUCUCGUGCCUCGAUAGGGUCCGUGAUGACAUCAAAGGCUACCGGAAAAAGGUGAGCAUUUCUCAACAGUUUCGCGAAUGUGUGCUUGAGCAUUGACGCCCGCUCGCUUGACAGGUCCGCCAGCUUGUUCGACGCUCCGCAGAGGAGGCUUUUUGA